AUGGCUUCUGGAAGAAGUGCUUUUAGGCUCUCAAAACCUCUGAUUGGAGAAGAUGGGAAGAUUUAUGCUUGUUCAGAGAAGACUUUGUUUGCAUUUGAAAGUAAUGGCUCCGUUGCUUGGUCCUUGGAUUUAGAUUUUAAAUGCAACAUUGGUAUGGCUCCAGUUCAUGGCGGAAAAGGAAAGAUAUAUUUGGUUGCAGAAGACAGGGUGAUUAAGGUUAAUUUUAUGAAAAUGGGAAAUUCUGAAUCUGCGCCACAAGUUUUUUUUGGUGGAGGACCAGGAGAAGAGGUAGCAGGUGAAAUUAGUGGGCUUGCUGUGAGCACAUUUGGUUCAACUGUUUUUAUCAAUGUUAAAAAUAGGGGACUUUAUGCAUUCAUGACUAGUGGAGAAGUACUUUGGAGUGCUGGGCCAAAGCAGUUUCAGUCAGACUAUCAUCAAGGUUGUAGAAAAAGUGUUGCAGAUUGUUAUUUUUCUUCACAUCCUGUGAUUGAUGAAUGUGAAGCUAAUAUAUCAAACACUCAAGGUGAACUUUAUUCAAUUUCAUUUCGUAGUCCUCAUUACAAUUGGGUCCAGGAUUUUAGUUCCUUCGGCAAAAUGUUAACAAUCACCUCAGGAAACAACGGUUGCUUGUAUGUAACUAUACCUGUUAAGGCUUUAGUAUUUGCGCUUGAUGCUUCUUCAGGAAAUGUUUUGUGGCAGAGAAGUAUUGGCCCCAUUAGUUCUGCAGAAUAUGCACCAGUUGUUGACUCUAAUGUAUUCAAUGAACAUAGUGAACUUAUUCACCAUCAACUCGACCUUAAACUCAUCGAUGUAACAGGAUGGAUAUCUGUUGGUUCAUUGGAUGGCUUCCUGUACUCAUUUUCUCCAACCGGAAGUCUUCACAAAUUUUCAAAAUCAGAUACAAUGGAUUCAGUGAUCCAGGUUAGCCCACUUCUUGAUUGUUCAGGAUAUGCCGUAUAUAUAUCCCAGACAAAGAUGAGUGGAAAAUUUAUCCACACAAAUGGUGAAUAUACAUAUGUCUCCACUAUGAAACCUGAAAGUGUAGUCUUCUCCUUGAUGGCUCCAGCAACGGGGUCUGUUUACUGGUCUGAAAUCUAUCCGGGCGAAUUCUCAUCCUUGUUAUCCAAGAGUGACCUGCAGCGUUUUGAUCCGGAUGAGAGUCUUGUUCUUGCUUUUGUCACUGCUGCAAGUGAGAGACAGGCAACACACUGCAAUGCCGAACGAUUGGUAAUCAUUGAUGUAAUGACAAAAUAA